AUGGUAUUGAUGAACAUUGCAACUGAGGCAGACAUCGCCAAUGGCACCCGUGGAACAAUCGACUCAAUAGUACUUGACAGUCGAGAAAUUAUAUCACACAAUACAGGCAUUGAAGUGGAACUAAAGUACCCACCUGCCUUAAUCGUGUUUAGACCAGAUGUUUCUUCAGAUGACUACGUCUUUCCCGGCCUUCCAAAGGGACUAAUUCCUAUUGUACCGAAUGAGGGAGGCUUUACAGUACGAAGAAGAGAUGGCUCUACUGCUAGAAUUCAUCACAGGCAGCUUGCUUUGACUCCUGCAUAUGCAUUUACUCAUCACAAAUGCCAAGAACAGACAAUAGAAUAUGUCAUCGUUGAUCUAGGAAAGCCUCCCAGUGGAAUGCUGGAUCCUUUCAACGCCUAUGUAGCACUGUCCAGAAGUCAUGCUGGUGAUAAAAAAGCAGUCAUUAUGAACAGCAGAGUCGCUGCUGGAAUUCCCCGUUUAGAAUUUUCAUAG